AUCAAUACGGGGCUUGCAAAUGAUGCUCCACGAAGGAGAGAGAUUUUUCAGAAGAAAGAGAGAGAGCUCAUCGUCACUCUGACUCUCUUCUCUCUUCUCAUCUCAACAAUCGAAUCAAUAAAACCUCUCAAUUCGUCGCUGCCGCGAUCAAUCUGUCGAUUUUGGGUCCAAGCAUGCUUUUGAUGUUUUUAAUUAACCAGACAACUUCAGCUUGAGUUGAUGACUGGUGUUACCAAAUUUUGACUCUCAGUUUCUACAGCCUUAAAAAGUGAUGUUCUUUGUAUAGUCAUUCAUCAGUUGCCUCCCUCCUAUCAAAAUGUGGAGUUUUGCAUCCAACUGCAUAGCUGGAACUGUUGGAUUGAAAAAUGAUUCUCUAAAGGUAAACCAUGUUGCCUCAGAAGGUUCAGAUGACGAGGUCUCUUCUGUUCUUAGCAGGGAAGAAGGUUUGGAGUGCCCGAUAUGCUGGGAAUCCUUCAACAUCGUAGAAAAUGUGCCCUAUGUUUUAUGGUGUGGUCAUACCCUUUGUAAGAACUGCAUUCUAGGACUUCAAUGGGCUGUUGUGAAAUUCCCAACCCUACCGAUACAACUUCCACUCUUCAUCACCUGUCCAUGGUGCAAUCACUUGUCGUUUCGUCUGGUUUACAGGGGAAACCUGAAGUUCCCUCGAAAGAAUUAUUUUCUGCUUUGGAUGGUUGAGAGCAUGAAUGGUGAUAGACUGAAGUCUCAUUCUGCCUGCUGUGAAGAUCGGCAGCCAAUGUGGUCAUCAUCAAACAACAAUUCAACCCCAGGAAACCAAGUGACUCGUGGUGACCACAGGCGGGGACAGAUUCUUCAUCGUUCCGAGCUAUCAGGAUCAAGCCACAACCGCAGCCACAUUGAUAAUUACCUCAGUUUGGAGAGAAUGCAUUCUUCCCUUCGGAAGUCCCUCGUGUUCUUUCUUCACCUCACUGCCAAGUUCCCCCUGGUCAUCAUAUUUCUUCUAAUUGUCCUGUAUGCAAUACCUGCCAGUGCAGCCAUCUUGGCCCUGUACAUACUCGUCACUGUUCUCUUUGCUCUCCCUUCUUUUCUCAUUCUGUACUUUGCUUAUCCUAGUUUGGAUUGGCUUGUGAGAGAGAUCUUCACCUAAGAGGAUGUACUUGUCGCGAUCUCCAAGCACUGUAAUCAUAGGUGUGCACCUUUGUCCACCGUAUAAUUCGACGACUUCCCUGUAAUCUAGGCUGCCACAAUUGUUUUCUUCUAAAGUCUCCUCCACCUUAUCUUCUCCCUAAAUUUUCCAUGCUUAGAACCAUCUGUUAUUUAGUUAAACAUGGCAGCCUAUGCCCUUGUUCCCUGCUGGUUUAACAGCUAGUUGAUUUCUGGACAGAAUACUAGGUGCUCUGAAAUGUAGCAGUGGCACAGGUAUAUUUUGAGCUGUUAGAAUACAGUUGAAGUAGUUAUGCAAAGACUUUGAAACAUUUGAAUUGCAUGUUUGAACUCUGUAUGGAAACCGGAAACUGAUGUUGUUAUACAUAUGUAUGAGUGAUUUGAUUUCAAUAUGACAUUAUUAUUAUUAUUAUUAUUAUUAUUAUUUUACAUUAAAGGAUUAACUAUUUG